AUGGCUACCGAACACACCGUCGCCAAGGUCUUGCUCGAGUGGAUCAACAGCUUUUCUCUGGGCAAGACCAUCCGGAGCACCGAUGAACUGACAGAUGGCAUUAUUCUGUGGGAGAUCUUACAGGAUAUUGACCCGCAGCAUUUCCUCGAUGAGCUACCGGAACGCAACCCUUCUGAUCACUGGGUCACCAAAUGGCAGAACUUGAAGCACCUCCACAAGUUGCUGAUCAGCUACAUUCGGAAACAGAACGAUGACCAAUUACCCCCGGGGCUGGACGCAUCUCCUGACCUGAAGGCAGUUGCAGAGGCCAAUUCACUCAAGGAGACCAAUAAGCUCCUGAAGCUGCUUCUGAUCGCCGCGAUCAGUUCCCCCAAUGCGGAGGCCUACGUGACCACACUCCAGGAGCUGAGUACCCCAACACAGGAAGGCUUGAAGGAUAUCAUUCAGGAGGCUCAGAACGGCCAACAUGAUGAGUUGACGGCGGAAGAGGAGGAAAGAGAUGGGAUCUCCAAACGGGAUCUUACUGUCGACCCCGAACUGCAGUUUGAGGAGCGAGUAGGGAAGCUUCUCGCCGAGAAUGACCGUUUGGCAAGCGAGAAGAAGGAAUUAGAAAAGGCUCUGGAAGAUAUGCACAACCGUCUAGCACGGCUGCAGGAGAACAAUGAUACGUUGCAGAGCCGCCUGGCCUCGACUGAGGAUCGUCUUGUGACCUUAAAAUCUGGAAAAGGAGAAGUGGGCAUCAGCACAAAGGCCCUUGAGAGUAAGGCACGCCAGCAGGACGAACUGAUUGCGAGUCAAGAGGCAAAGCUCGCCGCUGCUCAGGACGAGAUCGACAGUCUCCGAAUGUCGCUAGAGUCUAUGCGUGUUAAGAAUCAGAGAUUCCAGAAACUACAAGACGACUAUGACGAGUUGAAAAACGAGAGAGACCAGUUGAGUCGUAAGGCGAACGCGGCAGAGAAAUACCGUCAAAAACUGCAAGCCAUUCAGGAUUUCGAGAAGGAGAACCAGGCUCUCAAGAAUCAGGUCAGGGACCUCCAGCAGCAGCUUAAGGAGGCGGAUUCGAAUGCACGACGGUCAUCUGAACGUGAUGUUGAGCUGGAGGAAUACAGGCGAGUGCUUCCGCGGAUCGAACAAGACCGUCAUGAGAUUCAGAACCUCAAGAAACAGUUGGAAUUCAACAACCAUGCCCUCACAGAGCGUCUUCAGAGUGCGGAAGAGCAGCGUGAACGGGAUGAGGCUUUAAUUAGUGAACUGCGAGAACGAAUUCGUGAACUCGAAGGUUCUCCCGGAAGCCCAUCACUUACGCCCGGUACGACAACGCCCAGACUGCAGGGAACUUUGCAGAAGGAUUUUGAAGACAUCGGCGCCAGAGAGGCACAAUUGUCAGUAUGCACUCCUGGAGUUUUUGCGCAUGAGCUAACCGAUCAUAGGAGAGCGGAGAACGAAGAACUGAAGAAGGAAAUAGAGAGGCUGAAGACGAGCAAUUCAGUAAGAGGAUACCAAUUAGGAGAGCAAAACCGUGGUGCUGACAAUGAAUGUUUUAAGCUGGGCUCACGUCUGGAAGCCUACUCUGAAAAUCUUGUCUUAACGGCACAGCUCGCGCAAGCAAAGUCCACCCAAAGGUUUGACAGUCUCAGUUCACGUAUUUUCGCCGAGGCUAAUAGACUGUGUAGCGAGGAGUAUUGGAAACUCUAUGACCAGUACGCGGAGGUGCGACAGAAGCUUGCUGACGCCGAGGAUGUGGUCGACACCACAAAGCGACAACUUGAAGAUGCAAGGGCAGAGCUCGGCCUUGUCAACAAGGAAAAAUUGGACAUGCUCAACGAAGUGAAGGAAUCUAAUUCUUCCGAGAUCGCCAAGCUUAGAGGUGACUGGGAUGCGCUUACGAGUAAGAUCCAUCAUCUCGAGGCAGAAGUAGAUGCCAGCCAGGCUCUCGUGAGGGAAGUCUGCGCCGAACGUGACGAGUUGCGGUCGAUACUUGAGAACAAGCAGACAGAAAUCCACGCCGAAGAUCAAGACUUAAUCAAGGAGAUGCAGGCAUUGCUCGCGGAGUUUGCUGCUCUCUCCAACGCCGAAAAUCCGGAUGCACUGGAGAAGUCUGGCACCGAACUCCUGAAGCGUUUUGCGGAGGUUACGGAAAAGAGUGUUGAGAAAUUAACGAAACGUGCAGAGCACAUCGAUCAACAGAAUGAGCUCAUCAAGUCACUCCAGGAGCGAAUCAAACACUUCGAGGAAGCCAACGCCAAUGAGGAAGAAACCAUAUCUAAACAGCGAGAACUCGAGCUCCAAGACACCAUCCGCCGCCUGUCACGAGAGCUCUCCCUUAUGUCUUCCGCGUGGUAUGAUCUUCAGGGUCGCUUGCAGAACAGCAAUGUCACUGUGUCACGGUAUCGUUAUCCGGCAUCGACUGGUGCCGGCUCUGGGGCCGAUGCACAGAGGGGCUGGCUUGCGAAGCAGAGGAGCAUUGUCUCCAGUGCAAAAUAG